AUGGGAGAAAAAGAUUGUGCUAUAGAAAAACGAACAUGUUACCAGUGUGAAGUUAGAGAUUUGUCACUCUGCACAGAUGAAUAUUUACAAGAGUGUCCAGACAACCAGGCAUAUGACAGCUGUCUUACCAGGAUAUCGAAAACUAAAGACGAUGGCGUCUGGAUCCACAAAAGUUGUGCUCUUGGACCUUGCUCUUUGAGGGACCAGUCACAAACAACGGGAUUGGGUCUGGACCACUGUGAUAGAAGUCAAGCUGAGUACGACUGCAUUACUUGCUGUAAGGAAGACGGAUGUAAUACCGGAGGAGCAGAUAUCUGUCGUUUACAUGUUGCAGUUCUUAUUGGAAUAUUUUUUAUCAAAACCGUUUUUGAUAGGCAAAUUAGAAUCUAA